UGCAGUAGAAUUGUACCAACAUAAUUUGCUGCGCGGCUCAAAACUCUGUGGUGAGUGCAAAGCAGACUGCCCAGAUCGAUCCACGCGGAUCGAUUCGUCGCAAAGUUCUGGCUCUAGGCGGUCGUCGCUGCUAGGUUCUCAUCUCGCCUCGGUACACCCAAGCAACACCAUGGCUAUGCGAGGUCACAGCGAUGACUCGCAAUCUUCAGUAUUUCAAUCCGGGGCCAGGUACAAGCAGAUGAUGUCUCAAUCCACACUUCCGUGCACUCUUGAAUGGAUGGAAAACAGCUUUGGCUUGGUGCAGUCCGAAUCUAUGGAUCUACAAAACGAUCCGCGGUUCUUCCAAGCGAAUGUCUUGAACAAAAGGCUUGCAGCUUUCUCCAAGCUUGGCGUCGUCUCCUCACUGAUGGUGGCCACGUGCACUCAUGUGGUCUCUAUGAAGAAGCAGCUAAAUUUUGUGACUGUGGAAGGGUGGCUUCGCUGCCUGAGUUUUGCCUUGAUGAGCACAGUGCUGUUCCUGAACAUUAUUGCGGUCUAUGUUGGAAUUGCGCAGACUUACCACACGUACCGACUGGAAACUGCUGGCCCCACGGGAUUUGAGAUUGCGACAUCCUACUAUUUGAAUGCCAACAUUGUGGCAUGGAGGCACUUCGCAGUAAAGUGCUUGCUGAACGGUCUGACGAUCUUCCUGAUUUCGACUGGCAUACGCGUUUCAGUCAGCUUUGAGGAACUGUCGGAGGAGGAAAUCCCCAAGAUCUCACCACAUGCAGCUCAUUUGAUGGGUGUGAUUGUUCUGUCGUGCUUUGUGGUCGGAGGAUUGAUCAUGCACUACAUUCACCUGAAGCACCAAGAAGCUUUGCAAAAUUGUUGGUUGCAAGAGCAGAAACUGAUCGUGGGCGGUUCCCUAUCCUCGUGCUGCCGCUUUCUCCUAGGCUGUCUUCCGUGCCAACUACGAGCUGGCAAAGGAGUCAGAGAGACCAUACAUGGAGGUGGUCCAUAACAUCUCAAAGCGCUCCAAAAUGGGUAAUAGUCCGAUCACGCCAGAUGUUUGAGACAAGUUGCCGAACAAACCAGAUCCUGGGACCAGACAUGAGACAUCAGUCAGUUUCACCAAAUACUUGCAGCAGAGACGACUUCCAAAGCUUUGCUCAAGUUGCAUUGCUUCGGGCCCACUCAAAACCUGCUGCAAGGCAUUUUGAAGCCUCUUGUGCGUGUGCAGGUGUGCAGGGAAGGGUCUGUCCGUUUAAGGCUACUUCCUCCAUCACCAUUUAGGUCAAACGAACAUGUGCCCUUUGGCUGAUCGUUACUGUUCCUCGUAAUGCUGAAGGUAUUUGCGAGGUAUCGAGCAUGCAUUCAAUAUCCUGAAAUGUCGAUGUUGGCAUGACAGGUUAAUUCAGUUUGCAUUGUAGAUACUCCAAAGUGACAAGAAUGCAGACAGGUGCUACUGUACAGACUUGUAUCAGACUUGUUCUGAGUACGGCAAGUUCAACAAUUGAACGGCAGCUCAUACUCCAAAUUUUGAAGUAUGUAGGGCCUGAGAGCCGAGAUGGUGUGAGGUCACGCCCCCCCAUGACCAGAAGUCCGGAAAAGGCAAUGAUGCUGGGGAACGGGGUGCUUGGGAACGACGGAAAGAAGAGCCCGCCCAACAUCCGCAUAUAAACGGAGCAAGGACGC